GGCAGUUCAUUCUCCUCAGCUCACACACUCCUUCACAGCCAGCCUCCUUCUCUCACAUACACUUGUGCGUGAAACUGUUCUGACAAUAUGUUUAAAACUGGAUAUAUCACAAACAGCACACCUUUCUGGAGCACUUACACAAUUUAAGCUCUCAGUUCAGGACAGUCAAUCAACACUAAAGCUAUGAGGUGUGCUUGAAUGACCCAUUGAGGAGCAUUUUUUCUUUUUGACACUGAACGCUGCUGAAGAUUUGGACAUCCACAAUGAGUCUUAAGAAGAGGAAACCAAGCAUGGUGUUUAGCUGGCACAAGUCUUUCGCCAUCCUUGCCCCGUGGAGAAAAGGCAAAGGGGAUAUUGUUUUAGAGAAUGAGGUUGUGCUGACAAAAAUGAAACUCCUCAACAACUUUCCUGAGAGACUUAUAAAUGGUGAUGAUUCCAUUUCAUCCAUCUCCAUUUCAAUGUCAGAGCAGGAUAACACAGAGCCUCUCCAGGUUGACGACGUGAUAUCCGUCCACAGUGUUGCUCCUGAAACAACUGUGCCUAAAACCAAAACAGACUAUCUAUGUUCGAUUUUUGCUGAUUCUGGGCUUCCAAGAUUGUACAAAUUUGAAUCUGAGGACUCUGGGGUAGAGAUGACUAGUGGAGCAACUUCCCCAUCCACCCCAACUGGUUCAGAGCAAAGCUUUGUGGUCCACAGCAGAGAGUCUUCGUGUGACUCUGGCAACCUGAACUCUCCUUUAUCUGCUGGCAAUCCUCUCAAAGAUAGUUCGGUCUUUUUGGAAACUGAACAAACAUCUUGUAAGUGCACUAAACCAGAUUCUAAUACCAUUCUGGGAGACAGAACUGAGGAUGAGAAAGCUGAGGACAACUUACUGGACAUCAUAAUAGAUUCUGAAAGGUCUGAGGAUAGAGCCCUGAGGAAUAGCACAGAGAACUGUAAAACUACCACUGAAAUCGCAACAGUACAAGAGGAAAUAACAAACACUGCAAUGACUGAUGACACCAUGUCAAGGAGUUCUGCACAUCAUUAUGAUGGCACAACAGGACCUGACUUUCAGCAAUCGCCUUUGAGGAAAAGUACAACCAGCGACAGUCUGGAUGAAUAUAUGGAAGAGUGCUGCAGGUUAAGUGAGGUGAACCAGGCCAGUCAAUCCAACCCACUGGGCUCUGGACUGGGGUACCUAGAGCAUAUCUGCCAACUCAUAGAGAAGAUUGGACAGCUACAGGAACACAACCUCCGACUGCAGAAACAGAUCUGUGGCCUGCAGAAGGAAGGAAGGGUGAUCAAGACUAAAGAGGACUUUUUCAUGCAGCACUGUAGCUGUGGAGCAGCUGGUCUGGCCUUUCAAGAGCUGAAAAGACACUUUCGCAGUGAUCACUACAGCCCGACGGCAUCAAACGGCACGCUGUCUGACCUCACCACUAUCCCGGAGGUCACGCGCAUCCCCCUCAGGGCAGCCAUGAGAGAUGGGGAGAUGGACUGCCAACCUCUGCCCAUUUGGAGGAGGGGCCUGAAUCGCAGGAGUUACACAGAGGGAGAGGCCAAAUACCUGAGCGACAGCGCUGAGGUGCUCUCUGCUCCUCACAGACGGCUGAGUGAGAACUAUACUUGGGGAAGAGUAAAGGAUCUGGUAAAGAAGACCAAACUGAGGAACCAAAGCCGACUGGGACUGUCUUCGGGCUCCCUGAAGAGAUCAUGUCCUCAACUUUACCGCCCAGAAGUGAUGUCAACAGAGCGACUCAGGACUAACAGAAACUCCAUGAUCACUCUGGGCCAUCAGAAACUGGACUAUCUGUGGACACCGUAGUAUUAAUCAGACAUUGAGCAGAUGGCCUGCGAUGGAGCAGUUUUUCCACGAAAGCAAUGGAAGGUUUUUUUGUAGCUAGUAGAUGGUUUUUCCAGACUGAAGAACAAAAUGGGAGAGAAAUGUUCAAGGAAAAGAUGAACAGGAUUUAAGUAAUGAUAGAAAUAAUGUUGGUAUUGUGUAUAAGUUGAUAAAAGGGAUACAUUGAUGGAGAUUAACAACUCAUUAGAUUUGUCAGCUAAUGAGGUACUGUAUAAACAAAAAUUACAAAUUGUGAUUUCAGACAAAAUGAAUUCUUAUGUAAUGUAAAUAUUUUCCUGGGACAAUUUACCAGAUGCUUCAGAAUUGUAAAAUACUUGAAUUACAGCCAAAUAAUAACAAAUGUUGAAGAUGCAUGCUAUAACUUUAUAUAGAUCAUUUUGUACCACUAUUAUAAGAAUUCCGUGUGUGUAAAUACAGACUGUAACAAAUGUAUAUAUAUAUUUCCAUGAAGCAUGGAUUAUGUGCAGAUGAGAGUGGAAGAAGGGCACCCCCACGCUUGAAUUCCUGCAAACAUAUAUUGCUGUUAUGGUGGGGCUUAGGAUAAUACGUAAAUUAUAACAUGUACAGCAGUUCUGUACGCUGCUUGCCUGUCUGACGUUAUAUAACACGUGUGACCUUUCGCCUCCUAAAAAGUUAAGCAAUGGCCGGAGUAUGAACCUGAAACAUUUUUAUAUAUUUAAAAGUAUAAUUAACUAUGUAUUAACAAUACUAUCCUGUGUGUCUGCCAAAACAAAAAUCAGUCUAAUGAUUUCAAUUGAAAUUACAUGCAUUAUACAGUGAUCUGUUUUAUCUGAGCUUGAUUAUUUAUUUGUUAACAAUGCCAAGGUUUAAAUAUUUGCUGCAAAUCCAACAUACUAGAAGAACUCAUAUAGUAAAAUAAAAUACAUAAAGGUUUAAAAAUGGUCUAACAAAUUAAUAAAAAUUAAAUGGUUCGAAAGGUAUAAAACUAAAGUUUUAUGUGGACCUCAGGGAUAAAAUAAAAUAAAUAAAUGAAUAAAAUAAAAGUUGCUAAAUUAACCCUUUAAAUCAGUGGUCCUUAACCUUUUUAUCACUGGGAACCAGUCAACGCUUGACAAUUUUACCGCGGAUCGCGAGGUGGGGGUUCGUAGGCUUCUAAGCCUUCAUCAACCAUUUUUUUCUCAUUGCUGCAGCUCUGAUACAAGUUUUAUUUAUGGAAAAAAUUACAAAGUACUGCAGUGUUUGGGUGUUCUGUAUUUGUCUAAGAUAAUUAGUCUACCGAAAUGUGUAAAUUCCAUACAAGCUGAAGCUGAUUGCUCAAUUCUUGUCAUGUGACUUGCGGUGCGCUCAUAGAAUUCAUUUACAGGGAGCAUCUGGAAGGUGCGAGUGCGUCACAUCGCUUAUGCGUGCAGGCCGCACACCUCCAUUGGAAACAACGAACUUGCGCAAACUCUAGAAAAGACAGCCCCUAAAGGCUGCUGUCAUUUGCAAUCUCUAGUAGUUGAUCUUCUUGCACAGCCAUGGUGGAUUCACCUGAUUUGUUGACAAAUGGGUUGCGGAUCUAUUCCUUGGCAGUUCGUGGGUCCUGCCUUUUCCCCUUAGCAAAGAAACUUUCGAAAGAAGUCUGUUUCUUAAUCAUUUUACUUCUUGUGGGUUAAAUUUGAGCGCUCAAGUUACCGAGAUGUUCCGAGAGAAUAAGACUUUUCAAUAUAAAAAUCGUUCAGACAAUAAAUAAAACAGAAAUAAUUAAUGAUUUCUUCUGCGGCCCGGUACCAGUUCAUCCACAGACCGGUGGUUGAUGACCACUGCUUUAAAUCGAUACAGUGUUUAAAUGCAGGAGAUUUAUUAUACUUGGUGUUGUUGCUGAUUCACAGUAAAAACAGUAUACAGGACAACAUUAAGUUAAGCUCAGAAAUGACCACUGGGAUGUAACUGUCUUUGUUGACAGCUGAGUGAGUGAGGUACUAAAAUACUGCUGUCUUUAAGGACUUUUCACAGACCUCUUCCAGCCUUCUGUGUGAAAGAUAAACAUAUCAAAUUUGAAAUAUCAAAUUUUUAAAUAAACUUUGUAACACAAGAUUGUUCUGUCCAAGAAUUUUUUUUUUUAAAACACAAAUGGUCUUUUGAUGUUUGCCUGACCUAUCAUUUCAUGGUCACUGUUCCGAGUAAUGAUGUUGAUCAGGGUGUAAAAAUGAAUGAGAGCUGAUGUAUGGCAAAAAAAUGUUUUUUUUUUUUUUUGUUUUUUUUUUUGUCAAGACAAGACAAGAGAUUUGUACUUAUCUUGUGUAUUGUAGUGUACCAAAAUUGAUGGAAUAAUUCAUUAUGCAUAUUGCAUUGUUAUUCAAAUGUAUUUUAAUUAAUAAAAUAUGAUAUUUCUA